CGCGUCGGAGGAGGAGGAAGCGUCGGCAAAGAUUUCUCGAAGAACUAAGAUCGGCGCCGCUUGGCAAGAUCGCGCCUAUUGUGUGAUUGCACGCGUCACGCAGAAGUAGCUUGAUGAGCAAGCGGCGACGGGAGGCGGUGACGCGCGGGCGCGCCAAGCGUGUCUGCCUGGCCGAUCUCGACACGACACUGUCGGCCACAGCAAGAGAGCCGCUGGUCUCGCCGCGACGCCGGAGCGUCGACCACGCGAAGAAUGAGACGCGUGUUGUCGCACCGCUUCGAACGCCGUGGGCCGCGUACCUUGAGCAAUCGACCGAGGUGGCGCUGAUGACGUCGCCACCGGCAGGUGUGACCUCGAAACGAGCCGCCGCGACGGCAUUAUCGUCUCCUACCAGCUAUGUUGAAGCACCACGAGCGGUGCGCGAGCGCAGUUUUGACGAAGCGCAGCCACCGACGUCUCUGUUCGACCAAACGGGCUUGCCGGCGCGUCGACAGAGCGCACACGUAGCAUCGACGCCGCCGACGCAUGGCGCGUGGACGCCACACGUCACGCCCGAGAUGCUGCGCAAGCGCUCGUCCUCGAACGACCCAGCACUCGAAGCCACGCGGCUGGACUUUCUCGACUGUGACGACAGCGAUAUUGGCCUCUCUCCACCAGAUGACGAGUACCUGCCACAAGGGACGUCCGACGAUCGCCAGCAGCAGCAGGCGUCGGCAUGCGCUCUUGACGUGCGACCAAGGGCUCCCGACGAACUGUUUGUGAGCGUUCUGCCAACCGAGGUAUUGCGACCGCGAGACGUAUCGAGUCGAGUGGCUUUGGUGACCGCAUCGCCCGCCACCACCGAGCGCAGUCGCCGGCUUCAACCUGCCAUCUCCACGUCAAAGUCUUCGUCCUUGAUAAAAGCUCCAAGUGGGAACCAAAUCCGUCGCAGCAGCCUGCCAUCGACAGAGCAGAAGAGGAAGAAGAAGAAGAAGACGGUGACAUUUGCCGAGGGCCAGCGCCCCGGCGACUGGCGGGAGCCCGCUGAUCGAACUAGUCUUGAAGACAGCGCUCUUGACAAGCACGAGACGACGAAGGUCCUCGGCGCAGCGCCCUACGGCAGCUGCGAGGCUUCGGACGACCAGAUACGCACGACGGACGCCACGCCUCGUUGCAUGCCCGAGCCGGGCACCGAUUUGCGACCAAACGUACAGGGAGACGUCCAGGAAAAGCUGCUGUUACAUGCAACGUCGCCAGUCGACGGCUGCCGUGAAAUGCCACCGCCGACUCUACUGAUCGUCCCUCGUCCGCUGCGGCCAGCGACCUGCGAGGUAGCGCGAGUCCAAGCUGCAGUGCCUGUGUGGCAGACGACCAUGGACGAGGUCUUUGUCACCAACAACACAGACCCGGUGACGCGCGGCUCGACGAAGCGUGCGACGACAGCGGUGCCAACAAGUCGGCACUUGGCGUUGUCGCGCGAGAUGGCGUCGAGUGGCAACCAGCGCGCAACGGCGCUUGGCGCACUCGUCAAAGACUCGUUCGACGUGAGCAACCACUAACAAGUCGCAGUGAAGUGUGGUUCAUCCACAG